GAGCCGGCGCCGAGAGCGUGGGAAAUGACAAGCUGAGCCACAUCACGCGCCACACCCGACCGUCCGAUGCUGCACCGCAACCCAUCCAGCUUUGUUGUACGUACGGAGAGCUCCAAAGCUGAUCUAUUGCGCCCGACGGUCGGCCAGGAUAUGCACAGCGUCAUCUUACCGCCGGCUCUCGCAUUCACGGUCUCUCUUUGGCAUCUCAUCUCUGCAAAUGUAUGACACCCACCUUCGCUAGCCAAACAGCCGGGCUGUAAACACCAGACAACACUCCGUUCUCCAUGGGAGUCUGUCUCUCUUGUCUGGGCCUCGCCAGGCGAGAGUCUACGUCCGACCCAUCGGACACGCACCCGCUCUUGAACGAACCGUACCCGCCCAACCAUUAUGGCGCCGUUGGCGACAACGCCCGGAGCAGCCCGCAGGUUGAUCCAGAGGAGAUAAAGAGGCAGCGCGACGCCUUGGAGCGCCUCUGCACCUCGACGUCCGACAAGCUGAUCGACGUCACGCAAACGACCCGAUCGGACGAGGGCAGGACCGCCCCGCCCAAGGUGCCGACAGACUACCCGCGGCUCUUCGCCGAGCAGUUCGGCGGGCCGCUGGCGGACCCCGAAAACGAAGACGACGUCGACACGUUGCGGAAUAUCCUGCGCAAGCAGGCCAAGGACCUCGCUACGUGGAAUAAACCAUCCAACCUGGGCUCACUGAGCAUCCAGUUCGACGACCUGAUGGGCGCUCAGCUGCCCUCCGUCAGCUCAAAGGGCAAGCUUGCCGUUGCAUGAGUCCUCGCAGAGGCUCAGAUAGCAUUUUUUUUUUUUCGUUUGAUGCAGACGUCCUGAUCCCUCUCUCGAUCCUUGAAGGCUCAUUUCCUUUCUCCUCUUUCCCGCCCUCUCCCUCUUGAUCUCUCUCACUUCCUCCUUAGUUGUCCGCACCUGGCUUCAAAUGCUUGCGUGCACCUGCAUGUAAUAUAGCUAAUACCCCAAACCCCUCCCUCCUCCCUCCCUCGCCCCUCCCUCCUGCUCCCCAAAAGGCGCGGUUGGGCGCGAUUUCUCCCUUUUUCGUCUUUUUAUUCGCCCCUGCGGGCUGCUUCGUGUUGGACUAUGUGGGCAUUCUGUACGGCGUUGGAAUGAGCGGUGGGUACGAAUGGCGACAUUUCGAUGGAGCCACGGCAUGGCUAUGAGAACUGGGAAUGUAGUUCGGCAGUCCGGGUCUGAUGCCCGGGAUCUGGUGAUGCAACAUGGUUUAGGAACAGUUGGAUUGACGGGCUCUCGUCCCGCGUGGAAGACUUGCCGCCCUGGAUAGCAGAGGUCACUUCUGAAAUCCGAUUUCUUCUGCGCCGCUUCAAUUUUCAGUUCGACCUGAGAAAGUUCCAAAAAAAAAAAUAUUUGCAAAGUUGAUAACAUAUGUGAAGUCGCCGUUUUCAGCGGAAUGGAUUAAUUGCUCGUACUCGGAUA